AAUCUAAAUCUUAAUAACAAACCUUUAUAUACAACUCUAACCCUUAUACUUUCAAAACUCUAAAUCCCUAAAUCAUAAAGAAUUAUAAUAGAAAGUUUAAAUUUAAAUUCAAGUAUAUAUAUAUAUAUAUAUAUAUAUCUUUUUUGUCACAGAUUCAAGUAUAUUCUAAGACUCAAAUUAUAUACUUAUUCAGAAUAUAACCAUCAAAAACUUGUAAUUAUUCAACAUGUCUAAGCUUUUAUUUAGAAUCUCGAAAUUUAAAUUGCAAUUUUUAUUACUUUCUAUAGAUUAUGCACUUUAAUAAUAAAACUAAACAACAUGAUAAUCAAAACACAAAAGAAACACUAAAAGUAAGUGUCAAUCAGUAAACUUCUUUCUCAUUGGUCGAGAAGGGCAAGGAUUACCGGUCAUUAUAUCAAAGCCGUCUAUCUCACCUCCUUUUACAUUAUUCUUCUUCUUUUUAAUAGCAAUCCUAGUGAUUCUUUUCUAUUGGCUUAUACAAGAAAGUGGGGAUAACUUCUUUUUGUAAUCUUAACUGUUGAUGAAUUUAAUCUAAGGGACAUAAACAUUUGCUUCUUUUUUUUAAUGGGUUUUCUCUCUCUCGAUCUCUGCUCCUCUCAUCUUCUACCGUAAACCUGAAAGAAAAAUCUCUACUCUAAUCAAGAAACCACCUCUGAAUCGUCGAGUUUGAGUCUUACACCGUUUGAAUUCGAACCUUUCUUUGUAAAGUUCUGAGCUUUACUCAUGGCAGCUUAUGCUCGUACCUUCGCCUCGUUGACCCAUCUCCAGCAAACCUUCUCGCCGCCGAUACCUCUUCUCCGACGACAUCACAGCGCCAAACCCACUUCCCGAAUCACCUACAAUAAAUUCGUAGCUCCAUCUUUUCUCCUACUCUGGAAUAAACCCUCCAUCUUUUACGAAGGACUCCACUUCUCACCUCGUUGGUUCAUGUCUCGAGCCCAAGAGAAUCUCCAAUCAAAACAGAAUCUGACAUCGACUAAGCCAUCGAGGAUAAGCAGAAGAUGAAGAAGAUGAAGAACAUCAGCAGACAGAGAGAAGAGGCGGAAGCAGAAGAAUAAGCAACGACGGAGGAGUUUCAUAGAUGGAGGUUGUGGCGGCGGAGGAGGCAGAGCGGGGGAGAUGUGCGGAGGAGGCGGUGCGAAGGAGUUAUAGGGAUAUUUUUGGGUUUUUUUUGUUAGAUUUAGAUUUUAAACCCGGUUUAGUUUUUGGUACAUUAUAGUGCUUUUUGCAUAUUUCAAGUCUGGUUACAAUUACUAAAAAUUCUAUUUUUUAAUUUUCUUUUUUUACAAUAUUUUCCAAUUCUAUAUCCCAUAAAAAAAACAAAAUUAGUAAAUCAAACCGAAAAAUGUGUCAAUAUAGAAAAUAUUAGCUAUUCAGUAUUACCUAGAAUAUAAACGUCAUAGCACAAGUAAAACGCUGUAUUAUAAUAUUCAAUGGCACAAAAAAAUUGCUAUUAAAUGUUCAAAAAUCCAAAAAAAAACUGAGUUACAAAAAGGUAUUCUAUGGCAAAAAACAAAUGUCAUAACAAAAUAUUUUAUGGCACACGAAAAAUGCCACAUAAAAUAUUUAAAUAACGAAAAGAAAUCGCUAUAAAUAGGUAUAAUAUAACACAGGACCAACGCUAUAAUAUCUGUAUAUUGUUAUAGCACGCGAAAAACGCUACGCUAGGGGGGGGGGUCUAUUAUAGCUGCGGCUGUCACGACGUUCUUCGAAACGCUAUGAAAACGAUAUGAUAGCGUUUAUCGGGUGCUAUUAAUACCGAUAUUUCUUGUAGUGCUGUGGGCUAUGAAGUCCACUUCUGGAAUGAUGGUACUUUCACAGAGAUUGCCAAGGCCCUGGGAAAAAAAGCUAACGUUGGAUUCAAAACGAGCAAAAAUCCAAGUUUCCAUUAACGUGGAUAACCCCUUACAAUUUGAAAGGAGAUUUGGUUUUCCCAAUGGUGAUAUAGGGAGGAUAACGUUUGUGUAUGACGGUCUCCAUCGUUAUUGCUUCAACUGUAAACAUAUCUCUCAUGAUGAGAACUCGUGUCCGUUACUGACGGAGAAAGAACGUGAACACAUGAGACUUCAACGUCUCGAUCAGAAUAUCAACAGUGAAAAGAAUCUUCAGCUCGAGCCUCCGAGGGGAGCCAAUGAGAACAGAACUAAGCGGCCGAGAUCGCCCACCAAUGAUCGCAACAUACGAUCAAACCUGCCACUGAGAUUUAGGAUGGAAGAAGGGAGAGAGGAAAAGAGACAAUGUCAUGCCCACCAUGGUCUGAAAGAUCACCCUAACUCGUAUUAUGGAGUCUCGAAAAAGAGUUCUAAUCAUCGUUACCCCCGUGAAUCGGGUAGAGAUGCUGGCCGACGUACGAAUGUCUUGAAUAGGAUCGAACAGCCUCAAGAACCCCGGGAUUCUGGCUCAAUGCCACGACAUAACUCCUCUUUGAACCAUAAUGCCAGAGUGCGUAACGGAUCAAGGGACCAUAGGAAUCAUACGAGCUCGUACCAAAGAGAGUGGAGACCCCACACCCACUUAGGAACACACCACAAUGGGGAACACCGAAACUCCGCUAUAAGAGCUUCUGGUGAAAGUGGUCUCUCUGGCUCCCUCUUGGAUUCUCAGAGAACCAUCUCGGAGAACCUAAAUGAUCUCGAAGCUGGUGAAAUUCCUAGACAGGAAGAUGCAUAACAGAUGGAACGCCGACGUCUCAAAGGAAAAGGUAUAGCCACGGCGACCCCUACUUCAAAAGAAAAAGAUCGUCAAGCCCGGAAUUCUUUCAUCACUCUAGCUCCUCUCUCCAUUCAUGAACCCAAUGAACGCAUCCAGUCAACCGUGGCAAGGUAUGUCGCACCAGAACCUAGGAAAUCUCUUCCCCGCGUGGAAGCGAAUAAAGACCUAAAUGAUAUGGAGAUAGACAAGGUUGAUGAGGCAGCUCUGGAGGCAAUGGUAUUGACUGAAGAUGACUUGGAAAAUCUAGAGAAGUCUGUAAAGGAAUUUGAAGGUCUCGAAAUGGAUGAUGAAAUGAUUGAUAAAGAUGAUCUGCUUGGAGAAACACCGGACAGGGAUGCAGAACAGAUAUAUGCUCUAACUCAACUAUCUCCAGUACAUGCUGAGGAUCAAGAGGAGCCGCAAGACGGCAGGAACAAAUCGACGGAUAGGAAGAGGAGUAAUGUUACAACAAGCCGCAAGGAUAAAACGGCAGCUCGAAACUUUGAUACGGAAAUCACGGUGCCAGCUCAAGACCCAAAACCCAAAGGCGUGCUAAAGAGGAGGGUCCCCAAGAGCCCAGACGCAAAAGGUUCUAAGGCCUCAAAGAAACUAAAUGCGGCUCGAGGCCGAAGCUCUCCAAAAGGGAAACCAGGGACCAAAGCAGGUAAACCCUUAGCCCAGUCCUCUCGUGCAAUCUCUCGUCAUGAGAUGUUGCCCUCUGUUUCAAGCAAGAAUUCUCUGUCUCUCUCAGGUUCGGUGGUGUCCCAGAAACCACCCAGUAAGAGAAUAUGAGUGCAAUCGCGUGGAAUUGUCAGGGCGCUGGCGCGUACCUGACCAAGCAGCACCUGCGCGAGCUGCACCGCUGUUUUACGCCUUCUUUUCUUUUUCUUUCAGAAACAAAAAAUAAUUUUUCUUUUUUUGCAAGACUUUCAGUUUGAAUUUGGUUAUAAUAAAUUGUUCACCGUGGAGCCGGAAGGCAGAAGUGGUGGACUAGCUCUUUUUUAUUUAGAUUCUUUCGAAGUAGAGAUAAUUUUUUCCAAUAAUAGUAUGAUUGA